AUGGUGAUGUCUGUGUUGUUGAGCUUCAUUUUCCCGCCGCCGCCUUCUCUGGUGGUUUCUGCCAUGUCAGUGAUAAGCCUCGUGUCACUGGCGAAUACUGGUUUGUCAGAAGUUAGAGGGAAGCAUUUGAACUACUCAAAGUUUUGGAAUGUUAACCCUUCUGCAGAAAAGCAGAUCAAGUUGUCAAGUAAAGCUGGCAUGCUUCUCUUGUACACUCCUGCUUUUCUUGCUGGCCUUGCUUCCUUCUGGAUCUUUCCUCAUGAAGGUCUCAGAUCCACCCUCCUUCAAUCUGCGGUUACCCUUCAUUUCUUCAAGAGGGUCUUUGAGGUUCUAUUUAUUCACAAAUAUAGUGGUGGCAUGGCUCUUGAUUCUGCAAUCCCCAUCACUCUGAGUUAUUUCCUAUCAGCUGCUACUAUGACCUAUGCUCAACACUUAACACAAGGGCUUCCAGAACCACCAAUCAAUCUGUUGUAUCCUGGCAUUGUGAUGUUUGUGGUGGGCAUCAUUGGCAACUUCUACCACCACUGCCUUCUGUCCAACUUGAGGGAAAAGGGUGAAAAGGAGUACAAGAUUCCAAAGGGUGGCUUGUUUGAGUUUGUGAUAUGCCCCCACUACCUUUCUGAGAUUAUUCAGUUCUAUGGAAUCUCCUUCAUUUCUCAGACACUAUAUACAUUAUGUUUCACUGUAGGCACUACUUUCUACUUGUUGGGUAGGAGUUAUUCAACUAGGAAAUGGUAUCUUUCUAAGUUUGAGGACUUCCCUAAGGAUGUUAAGGCAAUCAUCCCAUUUGUCUUUUAA